GAGAGCGGCGUCCCCGCGCUGCCGGCCAUCAUGGCGGCCCGGUGGCACGGCGCGCACUGCGGCUCCGUGCUCUGCAUCGCCGCCGGCACCGACGGGCCCGUGGCCUCGGGGGCCGAGCGCGGCGAGCUGGCGCUGUGGGGCCGGGACGGCGUGUCCGCGGGGCUGCUGCGCCUCAACCCCGCCGAGCACGACGUGGCGGCGCUGUCGUUCUCCCCGCGCCGCCCGCACCUCCUGUACGCCGCGCACGGCCCGGCCGUGGCGGUGCUGGACGUGCGGGCGCCGCGGGAGCCCGUGGAGCGGCUCCGCUUCAACGAGGACGAGAUCGACUGCCUGGCCAGCAGCCACGACGGGACCCUCCUGGCCGCGGCGGACGAUUCCGGGGCCGUCAAGGUGGUGGAUCUGGACGGCAACAAAGUGAUCCGCUCCCUGCGGCACCACAACAUCUGCUCCUCCGUCGCCUUCCGGCCGCAGAGGCCGCGCAGCCUCGUGUCGUGCGGGCUGGACAUGCAGGUUAUGCUGUGGAACCUGCAGAAGGCUCGUCCCCUGUGGACCGUAAACCUGCAGGAGUGUGGAACAGAGGAAGACAGUCUGCAGUCAGCCGGGCAGCUCUUUAACCCGCCACUUGCACAUUCCCUGUCUGUCGCAUCGUGCGGCAACGUCUUUGGCUGCGGAGCUCAAGAUGGUAAAGUCAGAAUAUUCCGAAUCACCGGUCUCAAAUUUGAACGUGAGCUGGAGUUUAAAGGUCACAGUCUGGGGGUAUCGCAGGUGCUCUUCAUGCCAGAGUCAUACUGCUUGUUGACUGGGGGAAACGAUGGGAAGGUGUUGCUCUGGGAUGUCAGCAGCGACAUUGGAAAGCAGCAGAAAAGUCCAGCAAAGUCAGUCCAUAAAAGGAAGGGCCAAGCAGCUGCCAGAAAAGACGGAAAGCUCAACAAAGUGGCUUCAAGUGAACGUGCUGGGAUUCUACCAAAGCUAACCAUUGAGCAUGGAGACAAGGUGAACUGGAUCAUGUGCACGGAGAUCAAAGGCUCCACGAGAGUAUUAGUUGCUGAUCAGAGUAGCUCGAUAUCUGUUUAUCCGCUGCCAGAGUCUUAGGCACCGAAACAGAAAAUUGUGGGGAAGAAUCAUUUCUCUGCAUUCAAAAUGCAAUUCCAGUUAAAUCUGUUGACAGUGAAAUGAACAACGAGGCCUCCUGCGUUCUCAGGAAUGGCCACGGAUUCGCUGUGCUCUCACAGAUGCUCACGAUGUCAUUGACCUGUGUUACAUCUCCAGCAGCUGGUGGUGCUCACUGCGGCUGUUUCUUGUAGGCUGGCCAUUAGUUCAUAACUGUAAGGACAGAACUGAAGUUGCAGGAAUAAACUGAACAGGGAAAUCCACUAUGCUAAAUGAGGAUGCUGCCCAGUAACAGAGAUGGAAUUGAGUUCCUUCUGCUUCAAACAAUUCCAGUGCUUUGUUUUACUUUCCCUAUUAAAUAGUGCCGCAGCCAACUUGAGCUGGAUCUCUUGGAAACAUGGUUUGCAUUCUUUUGCAUAUGAGACUAGAGAAGCCUUAACUUACUAGCAAGUAAUCGAGUUAGUAGCCAUUGUCAACAGUAAAGAAGAUGGGGAAAGUGUUGGCAUCUGUCUGCUGGGUCGGCCGUCGUCUGCAUUGAGUUGUUUUUCUCAGAGAGAAAAAUUGCUCUUAUGUCUGUCUUAAUAAAUGCUCUCUCUCGCUGCUCC